UCCAGGCCCACGUACGGGUAAGUACGCGCUCUAUAUAUGCCGCUCGCGCCGCGCCGCGCAUGGCUCCAUGCUCUCCCCGCCCUCUUCUACGACUAGAAGAAAGAAGAAGGAUAUAUUUGAUCAGCCUCUCAUUCGGCCGGGCAAUUAAUUUGGAGCUGCUGAGAUAUUCGAGUAGCUAGGAGAUGAGCGGCGGCGGAGGAUCGGCGGGGGCGGCGUCUCGGCCGGGGCAGGAUCUGCAGCUGCCGCCGGGGUUCCGGUUCCACCCGACGGACGAGGAGCUGGUGAUGCACUACCUCUGCCGGCGGUGCGCCGGCCUGCCAAUCUCCGUGCCCAUCAUCGCGGAGGUCGACCUCUACAAGUACGACCCGUGGCAGCUCCCAAGAAUGGCGCUGUACGGCGAGAAGGAGUGGUACUUCUUCUCCCCGCGUGACCGCAAGUACCCGAACGGGUCGCGGCCGAACCGGUCGGCCGGCGCAGGGUACUGGAAGGCCACGGGCGCCGACAAGCCGGUGGGCACGCCCACGCCCCUGGCUAUCAAGAAGGCGCUCGUCUUCUACGCCGGCAAGGCGCCCAAGGGCGACAAGACAAACUGGAUCAUGCACGAGUACCGUCUCGCCGACGUCGACCGCUCCGCCCGCAGGAAGAACAGCCUCAGGCUGGAUGACUGGGUGCUGUGCCGGAUCUACAACAAGAAAGGCGUCCCGGAGCAGAAGCCGAGCGCCGCCAAGGAAGGAAGCCCCACGCACGCGGCCGUGGGGUCGCCGCCGGAGCAGAAGCCGGCGUUGCUGCAGCCGCCGCCGUCCUACGCGCCGCCGCCGUUCUCGGAGCUGGCGGCGUACUACGAGGUGCGGCCGUCGGACUCGAUGCCGCGGGCGCACGCGGACUCAAGCGGCUCGGAGCACCACGUGGCGCUCACGGCGUCGUCGUGCGGCCGGGGCGAGCGGCCGGAGGUGCAGAGCCAGCCGCCCAAGAUCUCCGACUGGGAGCGCACCUUCUCCACCGCCGGCGACGGCUCGAUGCAGCUGGGGCAGCUCGACCCGGCGGCCGGGCUCGCAGCCGGCGACCCGCUACUGCAGGACAUCCUCAUGUACUGGGGCAAGCCGUUCUGAUCGAGAACGCAGCGUCUCGUGUCUUUGUGUGGUUUGGAUUUUGGGAGAUGAUUUGGCGUAAUUCCGGGGGGAUUCGGGCGAGCUGCCGGUAUCAGUCGGCCGGAGAUAUCCGUAGCCGUUGGAUGGAAGAUAGUACGACGAGCAUGGGUGGCGGCGAUGAGACGCGGGAACCCCGGGGUGGAUGGAUCAUGGAGACUCGAUCGAGGAGAUGAUAUGCAGGGGUACUGUACUUGUUGGUUGGUGUUAUGCGAAUUGGACUAAGCUGUGUAUAUGCGAUUGAUUUGGAAUUGGAGUUUUUGGACACACUUGAUUGUUACGCUUAACCAUGUUACAAGUUUAUUUAUUUUC